CUUUUCUUCCUUUGAUUUCUCACCUGGAUGCUGAGGAGGCCAGCAGAAUGGACUCCACCUACAUGUGGCUCCUCUUCACAGCUCUUAUGUUGAUCCAGCAAUGUGAGGCCCGCUCUGUGGCGAGCUCCUCGGUGGAGGAGGACCCCCUGGUGCAGCUCACGGCUCACCGGCGAGAGAAACGCUGCUCCUGCGAGAACCAGAAAGACAAAGAGUGUAUUUUUUUCUGCCACAUUGGCAUCGUCUGGGUCAACACCCCGAGCCAGCUGGUGCCUUAUGGAUUUGGGUCAGUGCGACUCCGGAGGGACGUGAGCCGCUGCCGCUGCAUGGAGUCAAAGGAUGCCGAGUGCCUGAAAUUCUGCACUGUCCACAAGAAACCACAAGCUGAGAACACGCUCAUGAAGAGGAAGAUGGACAAACACCUGAAAGGAUACAAAGCUGCAUUCUGGGAAAAGAGGAGCAGACAUGCAUUACAACACCAGACCUGAGCCAGAGGAGGCAGCCCAGAAACACCAGCCCUCCUGAAUGUAUGAAUAACAAAUGAUGGACCCACUUUGGACCUGUACAGUGUGUGUUUCUGUAAAUGUAACGAUGGUGAAGUGUUAGGAGUGCCGAUCACUCACAAGCUCAUCUUUUCAACAAUUAGCUGGCAUCUUUAUUUGAAGCAGCAUAAGCAGGACUUCCCGAUCCUGCUCAGAUUCUUUAGGAGCUGAAGGAACUGAACCUGUGACCUUUCUGUUACCGGAUGACUGCAGCUUGUUAAUAGCACAUGUCCAUCAGGCUGCUGCCAGAAAUCAGUGUCGAGCAGUUAGUUACAGCAUCAGCUGAAACCUCACAUCUCUCCAACGUUUUGGUUUUUCCAAAUCACUUUCAGAUAUAAAAUACCUGCCACACCAGAGCGUAACUACAGCGGGCAGCUGCCCGGCUAAGGAGGCGAUUCAUUAUUUAAGGUCUGUUUGGUUGGUUUGUUCAGAAAUACCGUGAAGAGUUGCAGUUUGGACCAACAUAGGAUCUGGAGCUGGAUCCGGGAGCUUUGGAAUCAUUUUUUAUGAGAAAAAUGUGGUAUUUCACAUCCAUCCAUCUAUCCAUCCACCUACCCACUCAUCCAUCCAUCCAUCCAUCCA